AUGCUACUCUUCCAUUCUCUCUUCGAGUCGGCGCUUUGGUGGGAAGUGUGCUUUUCAGAGGCUCGCAGCGGCGUUUUGACGGAGGCUCGCGCUGUUAUGGGAGGGUAG